UAACUUAGUUGAAAUAAACAUAAAAAUAUUUUGGGACUGAAGAUUUUUAAAUAGAAAGUAUGCGUAGUAGUUAAGCCUAAUGUUAAUAUUAGAUUAGAAUGAAAUAUUUCUGUUGUAACAGUGCUCUCUUUAUAAGGUUGUAAAGGCUGAAGAACGAACAUGGUGAUAUUUCAAGUAUCUGCUGUCUUUACAUUACUAUAUAGAUGAUCUACGAUAACAUAGGUUGUAAAGGCUGAAGAACGAACAUGGUGAUAUUUCAAACAAAGUUGCCAACACAAGCACUUGCUGUUAAAGGAAAUGCUCAUCCAUGAGGUAGUUACUAUUCUAUCUUGUUUUGGCAUCUAUUAUGAGCUUAUAUUGUGAGAGACGGAGCUGUUCUUGUCUCUCCUUGAAUAAAGAGGCAGUAGUAGUGCUUUAAGGUUCAUAAAGGUCUAAACCUCAAAGGACAGAAAGUCACUGGAACAAAUAAUGGAGAAACCUAGUGUUUUUACACUGCCUAAUGUUAAAUUUUCAAGAAUCGCAUUGCUGUUAGCUGUUGGCUUGAGUGCUUCAGUGUCAUCAUUACUUUUUUAUCUUGUAUUUAUUAAAAAAGAUGAUUUGGAGGAACAGCUAGAAUUAAGCACAAAAGGAGGCAGGAAAUCUCAACAAGUAACAACAUCUCGACAAACAGUUAUCCAUGUGAAUGUUCCCAAGAGUGCUAUUGGUGGAGUUAUUGGAAGGCAAGGAUCUACCAUAAAAAAGAUUCAGGAGCAGACUAACACAAAAAUCAAAUUUGAAGAAAAAGGUUUGGAUGUGGAGGAGAAGGUGGCUGUAAUCCGAGGCUCUCCUGAAAAUGCUCAAGAAGCUGAGAAUCUUCUUUACCAGUUGAUUAAUGAGCAGCCACAGAUACUCACUGAAGAUGUUUUUGUUCCUGUCAGAGUUUGUGGGCGCAUCAUUGGUCGUAAUGGAGACACCAUCAGGACCAUGUGCCGAAUAUCUGGUGCAAAAAUAACUCUAGACAGAGGUGGCGAUGAGCGAGAUCCAGAUAAUCAGAAACGUGUUACUAUUAGAGGAACACGGGAUCAAAUAGAUAUUGCCAUAUCAUUAAUUGAUGAGAAACUUGCUGAAGAUGAAGCCUUCCGACAAAAAAUCUCCUUGUCUUCUUCCUCAGCACAAACACUGCAGCACAGGGGCAGACCUCUAAGUAUUGGAGCAUCUUCGGAUGAAGCUAAUGUAUCUUCACAUCAAGAGCUACAACAAGAACUUUUAGUUCCUUCUGCUGCAGAUGGCUACACUGAAGUUUUUGUUUCUGCUGUUGAAAAUCCUGGUAGUUUCUGGGUACAGACAGUGGGAACUAAAUCUGUCCAGUUGGAUAAGAUGGUGGAAGAGAUGACGGAGUUUUAUACACAACAGUGUAACCAGGAGCUAACCCGAGUGUCUCAGGUAUCUGUUGGAGACAUAGUGGCUGCACCUUUUGAACAUGAUCACUGCUGGUAUCGUGGCAUUAUUGUUAAUAUCCACGAAGAUGACUACAACCUAGAUGAGAGUGAGAUCACCAUUCAUUUUGUUGACUUUGGAGAUUACUGCAAGCUGAAAAGGAAAGAGCUCUGUACUCUUUUACCAAUCUACAAAGUAUUGCCAUUUCAAGCCAUUGAGUGUCGACUUGCAUGGUUGCAACCAAAAGGUAGUGUGUGGAAUGAUGAAGCCACAAACCUGUUUGAAAAACUGAGUCAUGUGGCUCAGUGGAAAGUUCUUAUGGCCAAACAAGUAAGCUCUCUCAAAAAACAGAGUGAACAGAGAGAAGUGACUGUAUAUGCUGUAGAGUUAAUAGAUACAAAUGAACCUCAAGACAUCAACAUAGGAUUAGAACUUGUACAAAAAGGUUAUGCUAUGGUUAAUAAAAAUAACAGAUCUUAAGGUUGCAGAAACUAAGAAUAAAUAAAGUAUUAUGUGGCUUACUUUUGACUCUUCAAAUGUACUGUAGUUGCUAUUGUGCUUACAGACAAAACAUGCAAAGUAACAUCUGGCAAGUUAGGAGAAACUUAUCAUUUUGUUGUAAAAUGAAGUAGAUAUUUUGUGCAUGUUUGACAAUUAUUAAGGGAAUUACCGAGAUGUAGACAAGAUUUUUUUUUCUAUCAUUACUUGAUUCAUUGAAUGAUUGAGGAAGCAAGUUUGAAUUUUUUUUAUUUGUAUACUACUUUCUACAAGUUAAACUUGUUUAAGUUGCUAAGCUGCUAGUGUACAAGUAAUGAAAAUAAACGUUUCUGUAAUAGCUGUUAAAGGAAAGUAUAAAACUUGAAAACUGUUUACUACAAAUCAAAGUUACUGUUCAUAAUAAUAAUAAAAUAACACAGUAAACAGAAAGAACUGUCAGAAGUCUGAUAUCAGAGAAGCUAGUUUUAAUACAUUCAUGCAUCGUCUUCAGUCUUACGUUGUCUUCUGGCAAGAAAAAAACUGGUCAACAAAUGCUUACAUGACUGCUGAUCAUGGAAUUCCCUUAGGGAGGCUUUUGAUUAAGCAACUUUCAACAAUUCUUGUUUUUAUGUAGUUAUAGGUGUUGUAUAAAAUUCUUCUUCAUUUCCAAUUGAUUUGAUGGCCAGAAUCUCUCAUAUGAAGAAAAAAGGUAUUGUUUUUUAUUCCAUACAGUGUCUUUUAUAUUCAGAAACUUGUGUCAAGACUUCCUCCGGUUUCACCUAUAUAAUCUUUCUCACAGGAUUGGUAUUGUAUAAUAUAAACACCUUGUUUUUUUAUCUUCAAGUGUUUUUCUGUUUGAAGUUAGGUUAUUUUUAAUGGUGUUCAGAUAUUUGUAUAUCAUUCUAAAGUUAUUCUUCCUUAAUAUUUUCUCAAGGGGUUCAAUGUUAGUGUUGUAGCCAGUAUAAAGUGUUUUCACAUUAUCAUUGGUUGAUCUUUCUUUAUCUUCAUGAAACAAGGUUUUUCUUACUUUGAGAUGGUAAUUUGUAAUGAAAUGUUAUCAAAAUGAAGUUCUUUGAAAACAGAAAAGAUAUAUUUAA